AUGUUAUUUCAUGUGCAGAGCGAAAGAUCAUCGGAAUAUAAGAACGACGACGACAAGACUUUUUUAGCCGAUCGCCCCGAAAUACCAACCGCGGCUAAGCGUGAUUCACAGGGUGCUUCGGGGCUUGAAGGUUGGGUGGAGGGAGCAGCCCUCGCAACCAUAGGCCUAGGAUUGGGCGAGGAGCUCUGGCAGAAGCGUCCUCGCAGUGUUUCUGCCUCAGUCCCUGUUGCAGAAAAGGAGCUCGAUCUAUCCCCGAAAUCCCGGAGUAGACCAUCAUCUCCAGAGCCAGUCCUUGAGCACGAUAGACAAUUCGACCCACGAAGCCAGUCCCUGGUCCGUUCAGUCGGUGAUUCGCCAACAGCUGUACCAUUGCACUUCCGCCGACCACCCACAUCCCCAAGUCUACACCGUGUGUCUCCAAUCGAGCAGCAAUCUGUGGAGGCAUUUGAUACUCCCACACAACCUCGCCACCGUCGACCCAACUCAGUAGAGUUCGUAAACUCUCGCGAAAUCCGUCCGUUAUGGCUGGUUGAGCGUCACAGCUCAUUAGCAGAAUCACAACUCGUUGAAUUACUACCAUCGCUUCCGUCAAGCAAAACGUCCUCACGGGUACAAUCCGUCGAAGACCUCCAAGCCGUCCGUGACGAAGAUGCCGUGCGAAGCUGGGAGCCAUUCGAUCUAACUCCCUCUGCCAUAGAAAGACGCAGAUCGAGUGCUCUGGCCAUCUCUACCGAGAGAACUAACGCGAGCGAUGGAGAUGCGGAUCUUCUCGAUUCGCAGCAGGCUACACCCACCGCCGAAAUGUUUGGUACAGCUCCUUUCGGCUCAGCGAAGAAGGAUAAGCCGAAGUAUGAAUUCCACUCUCCUUCGGAACUUCUUCGUGAUUCUGAGACUUAUCCUGAAUUGCCUCCCUCGCCUACUAUCGAGAGCCUUCCUUCGCCGGUGGGCUCGGUUAUUGGGGUAAUGGACUCUCAGGACAACGAGCGUGCCAUUGAUGUGCAGCCUGAUAUUACUACUCCCACUCAAGAGAAUUCCUCAUCUAGUGGUAUUCCUGCUCUCGGAUUUGGGUUUGCAGGUCUUGUUGAUGCCGCUGUCAUUAAUGCUGUGAAAGAGAGCUCAAAGCAAGCGAGUUCUGGCGAUGAAAAGCUCACUGAGAUUACUUCCUCCCCUAGGGUUGAAGUCAUUCCAAGUGUUCCAGAACCUACUGCAGAACACACUCAUGUGCCCACUUUCUUCCCGGGCUUCGCCAAUGUCGUCAAUGCUGCUGUCGUGGCAGAGACCUCUUCCCACGACAAACCUACGACGGACGAGGUAAAGAGCGAGUUCUCUGCCUUAGCAGGUGAAGAACCUUUCGAGAUUCUCGACGCCGAGUCGGCCGAGGAAGGAACGAAAGAACUGAUACUUGAACCUCCCACGGAACCCAAGACCGAGGAGCCACAGCCAAAAGAUGAGCCAGUCGCCGAGGAAGUGAUGACUCCCUUUUCCUCCAAGAGUAAAAAGAAGAAAAAGGGGAAAAAGGGCAAGGCAAGUCAAAGUGUUGACUUGACCCCUGAGCCAACUGCUUCAGAAGAGAAGACUCCUGUUGUGGAGAGUGCCGAAGAACCUCGCUCCAUUGAGUUUGAAAACGCUGCUGACCGAGGCAUCACUGCUUCGUCUGAGGCUGAAUAUAUUGAGGCUUCCGCAGAGCUUGAGCCUGAAGUUUUGUCUACUCAGGUUUAUCAAUCUGCAGAGGCGAAUUUGACCGGUGACUCUCAGCUGGAGGUAGUCCGUGAGCCUGAAUCUGCUCCCGCUGUAGCUGCAGAAAACGAACCAGUGGAAGCUAUGACUAUUUCAGUGGCUCAGCCAGAGUCCGAGAUACCUUCCGAGAUACCUGCUGAGUCUGAGCAGCUUGAGCCUACUGAAAAUCUAUCCAAAAAGGCCAAGCGCGACAAGAAAAAACAGAAGAAGGCAAAGAGCAUAUCCGCCGUGGACGAUGUUGCGGAUGCUCAACCAUCAGAUACACUUUCCGAGGAUCAAAGCCAGCGCAAUGAGAAUGUUUCCGCCCCUGUUCAAAAACCGGAGGAAUCUCCUGUUCCAGCAAAGCCUGUUGAUAUGGAGACACUCCAGGAAGGAAAUGUCGCUAGUGAUUCUGUGUCUGCUGACGGAGCUCUUGGAUUUCAGGAUUCCCUUGAAACGAUUGAAGCCGCAGCGCCAGUUCCAACCGAAACAAUCAGUCACUCGCCUGCACAAGACAUCACACCAGCUUAUGAAUCUACAUCUCUUGAUGCUCCAGUCUCUGUAACUCGUGAGGUCAACUUAUCCCAGCCUUCUGCGAAAGUCAUUGAGCAGUCUGAACUUUCCCAAGACGCCGUAGAACCUUCAGAGGAGGUCAAAGAGCCUGUCACUGUCACCAAAGAGGCUGAUACCAUCUCAAAGACAGAAGCACCGGAGGACGUCUUCCAAGAAACGGUUGAGACACAACCUGCCGAGGCUGACAAGACUGAAGAACCUACAUUGCCACCUUCGGGCGAGACAGGUUCCCCAUCCGGCGAAUACUCCGACACUUACGAAACUCAGCCAGAAUACGGCUCUAGACAGGUCACAGAUGUGUUGGAGCCGGCUUUCGAAGAAAUUGCCCCUACAAUUGCCCCUACAGAUGAAUCACUGCUAGCCUUAUCUGGCGAUGUAGAGCCAAUAUCUUCCACCGAGCCGGUUGAGCCUCCUGCGGAAAUACCUGACCAGGCCACUUCCAAAGUUGAACCAGAGGUGGAAAUCCCACUGACCGCGGCGCAGAAGAAAAAGGCUAAGAAGGACAAGAAGAGGAAGUCCAAGCAGGAAAGUGCGCCCUCGAUUUCUGCGGACAAGUCUAUCGACCCCCAGCUGGCUGAAUCACAACUUCCAGAAGCUCAACCUAUUGAGAAUAUUGAGCCGGUAGUCACUCCAGCUGUUGAGAUACUUCCUGAUGAAGCAGUUCAAACAGUCCCCGAUACUGAGAAUUUGAUGACUGAUGUCGCUCCUUUCGAACAAACGAAGGAGCUGGACAUUGAGACUGAGCAGGCGAAGGAGGUUGAGCCCAUCUUGACCCCCACUGUCACCGAGGCUGUCUCAGAUUUACCUAUCAAUUCCGAUGAUACUGAACACAAGGAAGAAGAGCCUUCAACCCAGGACGACAUGAUUUCUCAGGCACAGCCCGAAUUAGAAGAGACCCAGGCUGUUGAACCCGAUGCUCCUAUGACUGCUGCACAAAAGAAGAAGGCCAAGAAGCUGAAGAAGAAACAGGAGCAGCAGCAACAGGAGCAGGAAAAGAGCACAGGUUCCGCUGAUGAAGUACGAGCUACUGAGACUUCUCUAACGCCCGAGCCCGAGGUUUUGGAACCUGUCAAAGAUAUUCAGCCUUCUCUUGAAACUGAAAAUAUCAUGGCUGAAGAUACACCUGUUCUGCUUGCAGAUCUUGACAUUGUUGAUUCUACUGCUGUCCAGAAUGCACGGGACGCCAAUACGCUCGCCGUUGAGACAUCAACGGAACCUAGCACUGAUGUUCCUUUUUCCUCCGAAGACAUUACCCCCUCAGCCAAUCUUUCAGAGCAAGAAAAGAAUGAUGCCAUUGAGAGUGAAAAGCCCGAGGAAGUCAACGCAGACCCUGUUGCUACUGAUGAACCUGAAGUUCCCACUGAAGUAAUUAAGCUCCCUGAAGAGGGACCAGUGCCUGUGCCAGCUGAGCCUGAGGUUCCAAUGACUGCUGCUCAAAAGAAAAAAGCCAAGAAAGACAAGAAGAAGCAGGAGAAACAGCAGACCAUGCAGUCUUUGGAACAGCCCACUUUUGUUGAUUCGUUAGAGCAGCAAGAUGCAAGACAAGCUGAAGGAAAACUAGUGGGUUCCCAGCCAAUCACUGCUGUGGACCUCCCCCCUGAUAGUGCCGCCGAUUCUAUGAUUGAAAAGGCUGUCCCUGCAGAGAUUCCUCCGUCUGAAGCUAAUAUCGAUCCUGAGGUUGAGGCCGAAUCCAAAGAGAUCGAUGGGAACAUCCAAGAUACUCCCGUUAUUGACGAGGUGUCUGCUAUGGACCCUGUCGAUAAAGAUUUUCUAUCUACGUUAGAGUCUGAUUUGCCUACUGAGACAAUUGAAGCUUCAUUGCCUCAGGAAAUUCCCUCUGACUCUCCACUUGCGGAUACUGCUCCUAUGUCAGAAAUAUACCAAGAUUCCAAGGAGGAAAGUGCACCUGCGGAGACCAGGCGUGGAUUGGAAAAAGCUGAUGAUGAGCCAACCGUCGCUGCAGAUAUGCCAUUAGACACUGCCACGCCCGGCGAGCCAGUAUCUGCUGAGGUAGAGCAGCUCGCUGAAUUCGAACCAGCCCCUGCGAUGUCAAAGAAAGAGAGGAAAAAACAGAAGAAGCGCCAGUCUCUUGGCCUUGAAGAAUCGCAGCCCGAGUCGCAAUCUGAACCCGUCAAGGAAGCGCCAAUCGGACCCUCUUCACCUGACAACAGUGAAGCACCCGCUUCCACCGAGAUUUCUGAGACAACUGCUUUUGUUGAAGCGCCCCAGAUAUCCGAUGAGCCUGUACAAGAGGAAAGUCCCAAAGAAGAGCCUACUGCCGAUUUGCCAAGUAGUGGCGCCACUGAAGAUGACUCUCAGUUCGUCUCAAAGAAAAAGGCUAAGAAAGACAAGAAGAAGCGCAAGUCCGUCUCUUGGGACGUGGGAGAGACACCUUUGACUCAAAAUGAUGAUGAUCACCCUGAGCAAGAAGCUUCCGAAUCAGUGAAAGAUGUGGGCUCGCGGGAUGCGGCCGCUAUUGGAGUCAUUCCAACUGAGGAGUUAACCGAAACUCCUCUCGGCGUUAAAGAAUAUGUCCCCGCUGUUAAAGAAAACGAUGCUAUUGAGCCACAGAUUUCUGUCGUGGAUGCAACGAAAAGUGCAGAGGAUGUUUUUCUAGAUAACACUAAAACAGCCGAAGCCUUCCCCGAUGAAGACGCCCUUCAAUCGGCUUCCAAUGUCGAGACCACUGAGCCCGAGGCUCCAGUAGACAAAGAAUUGGAAAAACCUGAACCUGAAGUGUCCAUUCCUGCUCCCUCUGAGGAGAUAGUGCCGGCUGCUGAGGAAUCCUCCUUCCAAGGUGCUGAGCCUGUGGAAGAGAAUACGGAAGAGAAUACGGACGCCGGAUUAUCAGCCAAGGAGCGCCGCAAGCUCAAGAAAAAGGAGAAAAGGAAAUCUAAGUCUGUAGAAGAGAUAUCGGAGCCUUCUAACCCAAUGGAAGAGUUUCAAAAGCCUGACUCUUCAGCUCAGUCUCCAGUUGACAUCUCUGAGGCCCAGGAUACUCAAAUCACCCAGCUACCAGAAACUACCGAUGCGGCCAUCGAGCAAGAACUCUCUAAGGCAAAAGAUGCCGUAGCCGAGGAAUCUACUGAGAAGAGUGUCGAGAUAGUUCAGUCCGACAGCAACGAGCCUAACGAGACUGUACAACCCACCGACUCAACAACGCCAAGCAAUGAAAUCGAUCAGAUCGCUGUUCAAGAUCAUACUGACGUUCAGGAUUUGGAUACAUCGUCAACUACAGCCGAACCUAUUCUAUCUCCUGAGGGUGGUGGUGAGGAGACUGAACAGCCUGCAGAGCCAGAAGCCGAUACUGCACUUUCAGCCAAGGAGCGACGUAAAGCUAAGAAGAACAAGAAACGCCAAUCGAAGAACUUAGAUCUCGAUCUCGCCCAUACCACCGAGUCCGACUCUGCAAUUACCGAAGCUGUCGCCCAGGAAGCAGAAAAAACUAUUGUUACAGAGACAAACACCACAGAUCUCCCUGAAUCCGUGACGGCUCCGUUGCUUGCGAAAGAAGAUGGUAAAGAAUACCUGACCCACGACAUAGAAACGCCAGACGUCCAGGCGAAUGAUUUAGCUUCGACUGAUGAGUUCGUGUCUUCGCAGGUAGAACAGCCACAGUCAGAGAGCCGUUCUAUGGAUUCUCACGUACUUGAUCGAAAUCUUGAAUUUAGCCAGUCUAAUGAACAAAAAGAGGAGGAUGUUGCAUCAGCUGCUUUGGAAGCUAAAGAAUUGACAGCUACAGAAAAGGAGGUUGGUAUGGAGGAAGACUUGAAGUAUGACGUCGAAAAUGCAGUGGAUGAUGUUUUGGAGGGCACUGCGAAGGAAGGUACUAAGACAGAAGAUGUUAUUGACAAGGAGUUGCAGUCGGAUUUGAAGGACGAGGUUUCUACUGAGGAGCCAGCUUCAGAGUUGCCCGUUGACAAAAUUGAGGAUGAGACUGCUGUUGGAGAAGAAUUAGACGUCCCUGCUCCUGAGCUGGAGUCACUACAGCUAGAGGACAAUGAUUCUCCGGAAUCUCUUCCUCAGGAAGCUGAUUCCACACCAGUCGCGGAAUCUGAUCAAACUGCAGAGCCUGAGACGGUACCAGUUACUGAACACCCUUCAGUAAAACAGAUCAAUGAAGCUGAAGAUGCCCCUACGCCCCAAGUUGUGGAGCAGGCUGAAUUACCCGAGGACAUCAAGCCCUCGGAGGAAGCACCGACUGUUUCCGAGGUCGAGCAAGGAGAAGCCCCUUCACUAUCCAGAAAGCUGAGCAAGAAGGAAAGAAAGAAGCAGCAGCAGCGUGAAGCCCUUCUUGCCAAACAAGCCGCAGCUGAAGCUGAAGCCGAAGCCAAGAUUGAAAAGCAGCCAGUUUCCGAGGCAGUUGAGCUUUCCACUUCUAUCCCUGAAGAGCUUGACCCCGCUGUACUUGUCUCAGAUCAGCAAGAAAAUAAUCAAUUCAAAGAUCAGACUGAAACCACCGUGCAGGUUGCCGAUGAACCGAACCCUGACCUCCCUCGAGAUAUUACUGAAGAGGAACUACAAAUCGCCAGCGGUCCCAACCCAGCUGAACCUGCGAUUGAGCCUUUGACUGAGAUCAGCACCACAGUGGAGGAAAUCCAGGCUUCUUUUUCAGACACUCACCCUGACACGCUACCUGUUGAGACAUCUCUUAAACAGCCGGAUGAAACUCUUGUCAAACCCGAGAAUGAGCGGCCUACGGUAUUGCGGAAAAUGAGUAAGAAGGAAAAGAAGAAGGCCGCCGCCGCAGCUGCUGCUGCCGCGGCUGUCGCUGCUCAAGAGGACAAGAUUACUGAGCCAUCUGCUCCUGUUGAUGAGCCAUCUGUUCUUAUUGAUGAGCCAUCUGUUCCUAUUGAUGAGCAAUCUGUUCCUAUUGAUGAGCCAUCUGCUCCUGUUGAUGAGCCAUCUGUUCCUAUUGAUGAGCCAUAUGUUCCUGUUGAUGAGCCAUCUGUUCCUGUUGAUGAGCCAUCUGUUCCUGUUGAUGAGCCAUCUGUUCCUGUUGAUGAGCCAUCUGUUCCUGUUGAUGAGCCAUCUGUUCCUGUUGAUGAGCCAUCUGUUCCUGUUGAUGAGCCAUCUGUUCCUGUUGAUGAGCCAUCUGUUCCUGUUGAUGAGCCAUCUGUUCCUGUUGAUGAGCCAUCUGUUCCUGUUGAUGAGCCAUCUGUUCCUGUUGAUGAGCAAUCUGUUCCUGUUGAUGAGCAAUCUGUUCCUGUUGAUGAGCAAUAUGUUCCUGUUGAUGAGCAAUCUGUUCCUGUUGAUGAGCAAUCUGUUCCUGUUGAUGCGUUAGCAGACAGUUCUAAUGAGCAGACUCAGCCAGAGUUGCAGGCCGAACAUAACACAAGGGACCUAGUUGAGGAACCACUCCCCGCAGUUUCUGCCGCCUCCGAGAAUGUUUCUGAGAAGCCUGUGGAAUCCUCACCUACACCCGGAAGCUUCGACCACGAAGCCACGCCCGAAGAAGUGACAGAGAAGCCGACUUCAACCCCAGCUGUCAGUCGCAAGCUUUCUAAGAAAGAAAAAAGGAAGGCAAAGAAACAGGCGGAAGAAGAGCCUGUGGAUCUACCCAAAGAGAUUCCGGAGAAGGAUGUAAAACUUCCAGAGACCAAACAGCUUGACCCUACAGCCGUUGCUGUGACGGACAUGGACAUGGCCCAGGAACUUGUUCCUAAGUCCGAGCUUGCCGUUCACGACACGCCUGCAGAUUCAAUAUUCGAGCAUGAGGCGGGAAAUAUCGAAGUUUAUCCUACCGUGGAGAACGAGAAGGAAUUUGAGCUCGAACGGGAAGCCAAUCCUUUCUCUGAUGCUCAACCUGACCAUGAGCCAAAAUCAAUUGAGGACCCGCUGCUAGUAAUUCCUGAACUAGCUACUGAAUAUACAGAACCUGAGCCGACUCUCUCUCGAAAGGCGUCCAAAAAGAAGGCGAAAAAGGCCAAAGAAGUUCAGCAACCCCUCGACAAUGAGAUCGGUCAAUCAGAGUCUGCAAUUCCUCUUGAAAAGGGUGUACCAACAGACAGGGAUUUUGACCUUGCGCUGCAAGAUUCAAAGCCAGAUGAGGAGUUCCCAACGAUUGAUUGGGACCCCAGAAAAUCUGGAAACUCUAGAAACUCUGCCGAAUUACAAGAUCAAAUCCCCGAAGCCGAGCCUGUACCAAUACCUGCCACGGAGGCUAUAGAUGAGUUUGACGAGUCCGCCAUUCCCUCAGCCUUACAACAAGAAGGACAAAAAAAGGCCAAGAAAAACAAGCGGAAAUCUGAGCAGAUUGGCCUUGUGGAGUCUGAUGAAACUUUGCAAGAGCCGUCACACAAGAAGGUUGAACUAGACUCAGACAUGCAGUCGAAACUGCCCAUGGAGAUCGAGUCCAUCCCGCCCAUGAGAUCUACAACUCCUGGAGGGCCCAAUAUUGCCAAUCUUUUUCCCGACUUGGAGCGCAGAGGGUUUCGACGAUCUACUCUAGAACAGCAAACACCGUCGCUAAAAGAUAGUGCUGAGGAAGAGACUGUAGCGGACUUAGAAGCGAAUCGCGAAAUUGCGAUCCCCGUCUCGGAAGCACCUCUAGUGACCACUGAAUCCAGAGAGAUUACUGAAACCAGCCAUGAGCUCGUCGAGGCUACGGACGAUGUUCUACCUGAAGUAGCUCAGCAGCAUGAUCCCUUGGAGGAUCUAUUCACUUAUACGGAAGAAUCCCAUGAACCCGAACCUGAGCUCCCAAAGCCUCGCGACCAUCUACAGAGAUUCUCCUCUCCACCCCCGAAGUCCUCUUCCAAAGAGCGAUCCUCAAUACUCUUCAGUUCAUCUCCAUCUACUCGAAAUGAGGAGCAGUCUUCACCCGUGCCUCCUUUACCUUCCCAGCUGGAGUCUGGCAAGAAUACUGCAAUUGGUCUACACCGAACCCCAUCAAUCAUCCAUGGCCAACACCAACAUACACCCCGGACAUGGAACUUGGAAGAAUCAGCAAUCGCAGCUGUGCGAACUCCAUCUCCACCUCGAUCUAUCUUUGGGCCAUUCGACGAUGCAACUCGUCCUCGAACUCCACUCGACCCGAUUGCAGAACAGGAAACAGCGGGUAUCAACAAGGAUAUCAUGGCGCAUUACGGCUCGCCCCGUCUGGAGAUCAAACCUGAACACGUUUUACCUCGACCUCAAACUCCCGUGCGCAAAUUCACGGACAACUCGAUGGCAAGUGAGGCAUGGCCAACACCAGAUAUUGACGAAACUCAUUCAACAAGAUCUCCAUCAAAAACACCUGAACAUGGUAUGCCAGUCUUGAAACCCGCUGGAAGUAAAGGCAAACUUCGACGCGCGAAUAGGAGGACUAGUAGUGAUAUGCGGGCGGCUAGUCGGGUCUCGGACUCCCAGCCUCCCCCAUUACUCGAUCUCGAUCAGCUUCCCUCUUCCUCCUCUUACGACCCCGUCACUGACAAGGGCAAGCGUGCCCUAAGAAACAUCCGACCGCCUAGUGUCCGUCGUCGUCAGAGUGUACAACACCUCCAAGAUCUCGAGACUCGACUCGAUCAGCUCAUCUCCGAGAAUCGUCUGCUUGUAGCUGCUCGCGAUGAAGCUGAGGAACGAAUGCGCAAGAACAGCGUCGCUCGCCGGAGGAGCGACCAAGCUCUCAACAUUAGCGACCACGACUUGCGGGACAAAGAAGCCGAAGUGGAACAGCUGAAGAGCUCCGUAGAUUGGCUGCAAAGAGAAAUGGGUCGCCUGACGCAAGAAAAUGAGGGCCUCACAGCUUCUAAUGCGGCUCUUGCUGCCGCCCACGCCUCAGAAGUGACCCACGUGCGCGAAUCAUCCACUCGCGAGCUCGACGACUUGCGAUUGCAGCAUGGAGAGCUAUCAACAAAAAUAGAGGAACGUGUCCGGCAAGAGAUCGAGUCAGCUCUGACUCUCAAGGAUGCGGAGCUGCAACGCCUUCGUGUCGAGUUGGAGCAGGCUCGGGACAAAGUCAAGGAAUUGCAACAGCAGAUAUCGGCAUCGGUUAAUGACAAUGCGCUUGUCUUCCGCGACGAGGACUAUUUCGAUGCCGCUUGCCAAAAGCUCUGCGGUCAUGUCCAACAAUGGGUGCUGCGCUUUUCCAAACACUCUGACCACCGUCGCUGCCGUCUUCUGAGUGAACUGCGUGAUGAGAAGAUCGCCGACCGCUUUGAAAAUGCUCUUCUUGAUGGUUCAGACGCUGAUUCGUACCUGUCUGACCGCGUCCGUCGCCGAGAUGUGUUCAUGUCGGUGGUUAUGACCAUGGUUUGGGAGUACAUCUUCACCCGCUAUCUAUUCGGCAUGGACAGAGAACAGCGCCAAAAACUCAAGUCCCUUGAGAAACACUUGGGCGAGGUCGGUGCUCGUCGCGCUGUACAACGUUGGCGAGCGACCACCUUAACUCUACUAUCCCGACGGCCGGCUUUCGCGUCCCAGCGCCAGAGUGACACCGAGGCCGUGACUCUUGAAAUCUUCGGUACCUUGUCGCGCAUCCUCCCUCCUCCUUCCGCGGUGGAGGCUCAGUUGCUUGAGUCUCUCCGUAAGGUUAUGCGUGUCGCUGUCAUUCUCUCCCUUGAAAUGCGCACUCAAAUGGCAGAGUAUAUCAUGCUGCCGCCACUGCAGCCUGAAUACGACACCAAUGGAGAUUUAGCUCGCCAGGUAUUCUUCAAUGCAUCGCUCAUGAACGAGCGCAGCGGCGAAACCAACUCUAAUGACGAGCUCCAGACGCAACAAGCUGUCGUGCGCAUUGUGCUUUUCCCACUAGUCGUGAAGAAGGGCAACGACUUCGGAGAGGGCGAAGAAGAAGUCGUCGUCUGUCCAGCACAGGUCUUGAUCGCCCGCCCUAGCAAAGACAAGAGACUCUCACAUAUGACAGGUGGAGAUGAUAUGUCUCUAGACGCCAGUAAGUCGGUCCACAGCCUCGCGCCUUCGAUCGCACCGUCCAUUGCGCCCUCGUCAUCUAUGAUGGACAUGAGCAACAUGAUUUGA